GUUGUUGCUAAACAGCUGAUUACCAACCACGUCACUUCGCCAAUUUGCUCGCCGCAUACUAAAAAAAACAUGUAAAUUAUCUUUUAUCUUAAUUAGCCGCUGUAUUCGUUCGUUUUUUUUUUCGUGUGUAAACAAUGAAAUUCGCUGAUGUCUUACGACGGCUGGAUGCAUAUCCACGUACCUUGGAUGAUUUUAGCGUGCGCACAGUUGGCGGCGCCGCCGUGACCAUAAUAAGUAGCAGCAUAAUAAGUCUGCUUGUGCUGCUGGAGUUCCUCAACUACAUGAAGCCGACGAUGACCGAGGAGCUAUUCGUGGACACGACACGUGGGCACAAGCUGCGCAUCAAUUUGGACGUCACCCUGCACAAUUUGGCCUGUAAUUAUAUAUCGCUGGAUGCGAUGGACUCCUCGGGCGAUACACAUUUGCGCGUGGAUCACGAUGUGUUCAAGCAUCGGUUGGAUCUACAGGGAGAGCCCCUCAAGGAGACGCCCAUCAAGGAAAUUGUUGCUGUCUCGCCGCCUAACAAAAAUAGCACCUGUGGCAGCUGCUACGGCGCCGAGCACAAUUCCACACAUUGCUGCAACACCUGCGAGGAUGUUUUGGAUGCGUAUCGCAUUCGCAAGUGGAACAUGCAGGUGGAUAAAAUCGAGCAGUGCAAGGGCAAAUACAAGCGUACCGACGAGGAUGCUUUCAAGGAGGGCUGCCGUAUUCAGGGCCAUCUGGAGGUGAAUCGGAUGGCUGGCAGUUUCCACUUUGCGCCUGGCAAGAGCUUCUCCAUACGACAGUUCCACAUACACGACUUUCAGUUCACCAACGUGAAGCUUUCCCAUACCAUAAAUCAUCUCUCGUUUGGCGAGAAGAUCGAGUUUGCCAAGACGCAUCCGUUAGAUGGGAUCCGCGUGGACGUUGAGGAGUCAAAAAGUGAAAUGUUUAAUUAUUAUUUGAAAAUUGUGCCUACGCUUUAUGAGCGUCAUUCCGACGGCGAACCCAUCUACACAAAUCAGUUCUCCGUCACUCGGCAUCGCAAGGAUUUAACGGAUCGCGAACGGGGCAUGCCGGGCAUAUUCUUUAGCUACGAGCUGUCGCCGCUGAUGGUUAAAUAUGCCGAGAGGCACAACUCCUUUGGUCACUUUGCUACAAAUUGCUGUUCCAUUGUUGGAGGUGUCUUCACCGUGGCGGGCAUUUUGGCUGUGCUCCUCAACAACUCAUGGGAGGCCAUACAGCGCAAGUUGGAGGUGGGCAAACUGAGUUAGCGAACCCAUAUUGGAACAUAUUUCAAGAAUCUCUCCAGCUUUAUUAGGCCUAACUCUAUUCCGAAACUCAUUUCUCACAUUGCAGACAACUAUUUAAAUAAAUGUGCUUGAUUUUA